UUAUUUAAGUCUCUACUCCUCCCCCUCUCUAUCUCUCUCUUUCUCUCUAUCUUCUUCUUCUUCUUUUUUUUCCCUUAUUUCCUCCUAUAAAAUACCUCACCAUCUUGGAGCUAGUUUCUUCUCUCUCUCUCUCUCUCUCUCUCUCUCUCUCUCUCUCUCUCUCUAUAUAUAUAUAUAUAUAUAUAUACUCUUCUGUUUAUGUUUGGGUCCUUUUAAGUACUAAGGUGCAAUAAUUAACCAUACAUGGAGGAUGCUGCAGUGGUGAACAUGAGGGAGGAGUGCAUGGAUUUGCCCCCAGGGUUCAGAUUCCACCCCACAGAUGAGGAGAUCAUCACCCACUACCUCUCUCCAAAGGUUGUGAACCCUAGCUUUGGUGCAAGAGCCAUGGGAGAGGUGGAUUUGAACAAGUGUGAGCCAUGGGAUCUCCCAAGCAAGGCCAAGAUGGGUGAUCAGAAGGAAUGGUACUUUUUCUGCCAGAAGGGGAGGAAAUACCCAACAGGGAUGAGGGCCAACAGGGCCACAGGAGCUGGGUAUUGGAAAGCCACAGGGAAGGACAAGGAGAUCCACAGAGGAAAAGGAGCUACUGCUGCUCUUGUGGGCAUGAAGAAAACCCUAGUUUUCUACAAGGGGAGAGCUCCCAGGGGAGAGAAAACCAACUGGGUCAUGCAUGAAUACAGGCUUGAAGGACCUCUCUUUUAUUACUCCAACCUCCCCAAAUCUUCAAAGGAUGAGUGGGUUGUGUGCAAGGUUUUCCACAAAAGCGUAGGAAUCAAGAGAAGCCCAGUGCAUGGACUUGAAAGUACCAACUCUUUGGGAGAUGAUCAUUUGCUUGACUCCACUAUGGUAUCACCUCUGAGGGAUUCAUUCAACUACAACCCUACUUCAAGCUACAUCGAUAACAAGAGCUUCGAGUUCAAAGCAAUUCCCACAAGCUCUUCGUUGACGCCUUCGUACUUCAACACCGCAACGGCUAUGGAGAAUACACCACAUGGCAUCAACUAUCAAGCGAACUACGGAAGCCCGACUUACAGUCCAUCAUCAUUGAUCUACCCUCCGAUUCAUCGGUCGGGCUCUUUCUUCUCCUUCCCUGGAUUGAUCGACAUGAGCCACUUACACCACGAGGAAGCCACGGAGAGGCAGUGGAAGGCAGAGCAGCACGCGAACCAGCCGAUGGUUAGCACAUCGAGAGACACAGGAUUGAGCACCGAUCACAACACCGAGAUCUCUUCAGUGAUCUCGAAGCACUACGAUGAUCUUGAUGCCCCUUCUUCUUCUGAGCCUGUUAUCGAUAUCGAUAACAUUUGGAAAUACUGAAUUAAAUUGGAUUGACUUGUGACUUGGCCCCAUAUAUAGGUAAUUAGGAUCUUCUCUCUCAAAUAGUAUUUUCCUGUAUAUAGCACUUCUAAUUAAAUUGACUAGUACAUGCCGAGGUUAGUAACUUAAUUAUGUAGAGGAUUGAGAAUUAAUUAUGUGUGACCAAUAUUGUAAAUUUGUUAUUUUGUUUAGCAGAACUCAAGAGUGCUACAUAUUUGACUGUAACCUUGUUAUUGUGUAUAAUUAGAACUCAUGAUAAAUAUGACAUGCAUACCAUAUAUUUUAGCAAUUUA